AUUAAGGGCUUUCUUUUGUUUCCGCUCUUUUUUGUUCUGUGUUCUUCUCCACCAACUCUCUCUUUCUAGAGAAGCUUGAGAAUCUGCCAUUAAAUCCAUUCAACAUUUGAAGGAGAGGCUUACGCUGUAGAGCAAUGUCGGAGACUAGUAAUGAAGACUAUGGAUCAGGACAAUCACCAGAGGAAGAUAAUUCAAAUGGACAAAUAAAUCAUUCACUUGUGGAGUGGCGUUCCUCUGAUGAAGUUGAGAAUGGGUCUCUUCCGACGUCCCCCCUCUACUUGGACAUUGAUGAAUUUGGAUCAACAUAUUCUGACCUAUAUGGGAGACAUACUUGGAAGAUUAAGAACUAUUCAGAAAUCAACAAACCUGGGUUCCGCAGCGAUGUAUUUUAUGCUGGGGGCUACAAAUGGCAUAUUUUAAUAUAUCCACAAGAGCGUGAUGAUGGCAACCAUCUCUCUGCGUUUCUCUGUCUUACAAACCAUGAAGAACUUCCUCCGGGCUGGGGUCAUUUUGCUCAGUAUACUUUAGCUCUUAUGAAUAAAGAUCCAAAGAAAUCAACAUAUUUAGAUUCAGUAAACUGGUUUUGGAAGAAGAAGAAUAACUGGGGAUGGAAUAAGUUUAUAGAGUUGCCUAAAUUACAGGACGGGUACAUUGAUGAUUUGGACUCUCUUAUCAUCAAGGCCCAAGUUCAGGUGAUCAGAGAGAGGGUGGACAGACCUUUCCGCUGCCUUUCUAGUCAGUACAGGAGGGAACUUGUUAGGGUAUAUUUACCAUAUGUAGAGACCAUUUGCUGGCAGUUUAUAGAAGUGGAAAGAGCCGGAUUUUCUAACCUGAUACAAGACAAGGAAGAAUGGCAACGCUUUAGUUCCUUCUGGUCACGGUUGGACAAAGAGACAAGGCGUAACAUGUCUCGAGAUAAAAUGGAUGCGGUUUUAAAUAUAGCUGCAAGAACCUUCUUUGUCAUGCAGCAAGGUUCAUCCACUUUGAUGAUGGAUUCCUUGUACAGUGGGUGGAAGGCUAUUGAAGGCCAAACUAAGAAGAAGAAGAAAAGUAGGGAGAGACAAAUGGAUAACGAAGAACUGCCAGCUGUCCCAGCUCCAAUUGUCAGUGUGGACCAAGACAUGUUUGUAUUAUUGGAUGAUCUGUUAAUACUCAUACAGAAGACUGUUAUGACACCAUUUCAUAUAAAAGAUUCGAAGGUGGGGAAUGAUGGAGAGGAAUACAGUGAAGAAGCCAUAGGGCGUGAUGAGAGUCGUCUAGCUGAGGUUGGUAGGCGGACAAUGGAGAUGCUUGUUCUUGCACAUAUAUACAGCAAAAAGGUUGGUGUUGCAUACAAAGAACAUACUGCACUGAAAAGGCAAGAAGAACUAAUUCACGAAGAAGAGAAAGAGUCGCUGGCAGAAAGCAAACAGAAGGCAAAAAGGGGAACAACCGAAAAAGAGAGAAAAUCUAAGAAGAAACAGGCGAAACAGAAGAAGAACAAAAAGGAGAAAAGGAAAGAAGAGAGGUUAAGAUCCCAAAGAGAAGAAAUGGAUACUGAGAAAGAGGAAAUUGUGAGAGAGAAAACAGAAUCAUCAGCUGAGAAACUUGACACACUUGGAGAGAGCAGCCCUGUUCAUUGUGGAUUAGAUGCCUCUGAGUUUCAUCUUCCCCCAUUAGAAGACACUAGCAGAGGAAGAAGCAGUUCCAUAUCUAUACCUAGUGGUGGAGGUAGAAGCAGUUCCUUAUCUUUUCCCAAUGGAGUUGCAGAAACCUCAGUUUAUUCUGAUGAAUCUGUCCAAUCAGGGGUAUCUAAUGGGUCAUAUUACAAAGGGAAUGUUUCAAACUGGCAAACCAAGAUUUGGCGUAGAAAAGAAAAAAUGCCACCAAGAAAAUUAUCCACUGAAACAGAGGACCAACCUUCAAGACAUGCAUCUAACCCUAAGAGUCAAAUCCAUUCUUCUGAGACACGCAGAGUUGCUGAACCUGACGUGGUUAUCAAGGAAGCACAUAACCCUAGGCAGCAUAAUCCUGUUAGCAAGGAUCGUGGCACGGUUCAGACGCAAGAGAAAAGCCCUGCUGUGUUUUCCCCACGCAGAUAUUCUCCCUGGAAUCUCCCAUCUGUAGCACAAGCAAAACCGGAGAAAAGGGGUGUUUUCAAUGUAGAUGCCGUUCCAAAUAGGAAAGCAAUAUUUGCUAGAUCACCUUUAUCAGAUCAAGCUGUGGGUUCUAGAGCCGCUGUACAGAAUACUACUUCCCCAAUACCUUCUAUGUCAAGGCCUUUGCGUGCUCCUACAGUCUCCGUUGCUCGAACCUCCGCAACAUCCUUUGCUCGUUCAGUGAGCUCAACAGGCCGUGUAAGUGCCCCAAAUUACAUCCCUCAAUCCUAUAAACAUGCCGUAGUUGGUUCUCAGUCGACGGGAACAAGCGCAUUGCUCCCUGUAAACGUUGGCUCGGCGGAUGUUUGGUCCGGUGGGCUCUUUCGGACUGGUGGUUCAAGCUCAAACAGAGAUACAGCACGUAGUCUGAUGACCGAUGAGUUCCCUCAUCUCGAUAUCAUCAAUGAUGUGCUUGAAGAAGGACAUGGUUUGAUGAACACUAGCGGAUACCUCCGUGUGCCACAAUGGUUGAUCGACGUGUACUCAUUUCUUGCGGAUCUAGGGAUCUCUGGCAGGUCUAGGAGAAACAGUGAUGAUGGAUUUUACCAAUCUUACAGUGAAUACAUGUCAGGUUCAUCAUCAUCUUCUUCUUCGUUUUACUGGAACGGCCAGAUGGAUGGAUUGAUCCGACAAACACAAUGGCAGAGAGCGAAUAGGGACGUAUCUUUAUUGGCUAUGAGGAGCCAAAACAAUGCAUCAGAAUCUACGUACCGUAACUUUGACGUAGACUCAUCAAACCCGAACUUGUCAGCUCGAAUCAACGGCUACAGAGCCUUCAGGCCAUCAAACCGAAACUGAGUUUUUGUGUUGGAGUGGCAGGUAUGCUUUGUGUAAUAAACCUUUUUUUAUACAUAUGAAGAUGGAAAGAAAAGUAAAAGAAAACAUUUAUGUAAAGACAGUUUUCGUCCUCUUCUCUUAUAAUGAACCCUUUCUAUAGGUUUUUAAAAUAAUACAGCAAUAAUUAUGUUUCUUUUUAUUUCCUUUGGUGUUCAUAUAUUUUGCUUUUUUGUAAAGAUUCAUAUAUUUUGCUUUCACCCUCUAGGGGAA